AUGGACGAUCUGUUAGAUCUCAAUUGGUCCGGCUCAUCUACAACAAACACUGCUAAACAAACAGCUUCUUCCUCUGUAAAUAAACCAAAAGAUGCGUUUGCAAAUCUGCUCUCUGCACCACAGAAAUCAGCGGGAGACGUACCUAAACUUUCACUCAAUGAGCAGUUAAAACGCAAGCAACAGCCAGUUGCGAGUAGCAACACUAGCUCACCGACAGCAUCAACUUCUAUAAUGCCUUUAAAUUAUGGCACGCCUUUGCGCUCACAAGUCAAUCUUUCAAGCAGUACGACUUCUCCAAAAAGUAGCGAACCCGAAAGAACAACAAAACCUACUGCCUCAUCUUCUUUUGACAGCUUGCUCGAUCCUUUUGGCGGCAGCAGUAACAAAAAGAAAGAAUUUGAUAGAAAUACUCCUAUUAAUAUGCUGCGAAAUCAAACAGUUUCAAACAGUAAUAGUAACGAUAGAUGGGACUUUGACUUUUUAGAUACAAGAAUUAGUAAUACCAAAACACCAACAACAGCCUCUAGUAGUAAUAAUAUCUCAACAGCAACUUCAGUCUCUGAUCCAUUUGAGAUUGAUUUUUUGGCACAACCAGGCCCCACUACUACGCAGCUAGCUAUGCAACAGGCAAACUUAGAUACGGACGAUAACCCGUUGGGCAUUUUAGGUGGUCCAGCAAUAAGUCAGAUGAAAGUCGUUGAAGACGGUAUGCAAGAAAAGGGAGGUUUAAAGAAUACAGUGGCAGAAGAUGACUCUUUGUCUUGUCCAAAGGGUCGACGUAGUGCAGAGUCAUCUGCAGAGCAUGAAAUUUCUGUUGAAUCGUCGAAUGCUGAAACUAAUAAUAGGCUUACACUACUCGAAGAAGAAGAAGAGGAUGCUGCACUCGCUCAUCUAAUAGAUAUGGGAUUCAGUCUGCAGCAAUCGAAAUUUGCCAUUGAAGCAACUGCCGGUCAGGGAAUUCAGGCUGCUAUCGACUUAUUAGUGCAAAACUCUGAACACGUGCAAAGAGUCCAACCUCGCUCUCGGAGCAACGGUGAAAGACAUCAGAAGGAAUUAUCAGGGAAUGAGCAAGCGCGUAGAGCGCUCUUUCAUAACGACCAGCGUUUGACCAGUUCUGCCUCGCCUGCUAGCGUUCAGCAAAAAACCCAUUCAGCACGAUGUGAUAGAAUGCUUCAGGACCAACAACAACGAGAAGCAGGAAAGUCAAAUAAUGGUGAUUUGCAUGCGCAGACAGAAAAAAUUGUUUCCCAAGCACAAGAAUUGGGUGGCUUUCUUUAUAAAAAUGCAGCUUCUUAUUUCAAAGCUGGAAAGGAUAAAGUGACGAAAGCCGUGGGCGAUUGGCAGGAACAACAACGUGCACAUAGAUUACAGCAAUUGCAAGCGGAACAAAAUGGACCCGUUCGUCCAAAAUGGAUGGCAGGUAGCAUCGAUGAUGAUUUUAUUUUAAAUGCAAAUAGCAGUCAGAACGUAGAGAGAUUUGUAGAUGAUAAAAAUGUUGAAGAACACAAUAACGGCGAAUAUGGUUCAGAGUUAGAGCGGAGAAGGGUGCAAGAGACAAGAAAAAGAGAAGAAAUGGAACGACGCAAACAAGUAGCUAAUGCACAUGAGUUACGCCGACAGCAGCAAGUUAGAAAGGGAUCCUUAAUGGAUGAUAAGGAUCAAGCUUAUGUAUCACCCUCACGUCGUAGAGGUGCAUCAACGCCGAAUGGUCGUUUAACACCUCAAACAAAGACUGCUACCUUAUCAGCUGAAAAAUCAUCCGUUCAGUUGCAAUCACAGCCGAAAGGGUCCCCUGCUAUGAGCAUGUCAAAGUCUAGUAAACGUACUCGUCCGGUCGUCAAUGCGCCUGCGGAAGUCAUGGCCAAAGUUAAUACAGCUCGAACCCUUGGAAACGAAAGGUUCAAACUUGGACAAUUUGGUGAAGCAGAAGACGCAUAUACCCAAGCUAUUGAGUUACUCCCUGGCGGUCAUGAUCAUUUGGUAAUUUUAUAUAACAACCGAGCCACAACUCGUUUGAAGAAUGGUAGUUAUAAGAAUUGUAUUGAGGACUGUGAAAAGGCUUAUCAGCUCGCUAUCGAGAGCGGGGAUGGUAGUCUAACAUCAGAGGGUGUGACCAUUCAAUGGCGUGAUCAAAUCACAAAAUCACUUUACCGUAAAGCUGAGGCGCUGGAAAACAUCGAAAAAUACAAAGCUGCCUUAGCAACCUAUGAAGAACUGACAAAAUACGAGGGUACGAAUAAUUUAAAAGUGAACCAAGCAAUGGCAAGAUGCAGGCAAGCUUUGAACCCGAAGAAGAAAACAAUGCCUUUAAAGAAUAUUACAUCCAUUAAAACUACAACAACGACCAUGCAAAACGAUACCCCAAGUAAUAAUAACAAUCAUAUCAUCUCUAUGUUCGAGUCAGAGUCAAAAGCUACAUCUACUUUACCGACUGUAUCUGCCGAAGAACUAAAUAAGAGCAAAGCUGUCGCUGCAAUGAGAGCAAAGGCUGCUGCUCAAGAAGCUGAAGAGGCCGAAAAACUGGAGAAGGUGGAUAAUGUGAAUGCACGUCUGCUAGCUUGGAAGGCCGGAAAGGAGCAAAAUUUGAGAGCUUUAUUGGCCACUUUAGAUACUCUACUAUGGACCGAUGCACAGUGGAAGGGAACGCAAAUGAGCGAACUCAUUAAUCCUAAAAAAUGCAAAAUCACUUAUAUGAAAGCUAUCGGCAAAGUACACCCUGAUAAGUUGCCGUCAACUGUUACGGUCGAGCAGAGAAUGCUGGCAAGCGGCAUUUUCUCAACGCUAAAUGAAGCCUGGGAUUCAUUCAAAACGCAGAACAAUUUAUAG